CCAGACUGAACUCCAAUUUGACUCCAUUGUUGAGUUCUACAAGUGUGUCCGCCUCAAUAUGAAACACUUGGUUCCGAGCCGCAGUGUUAGAUUUUAUAAACACAACCCUAGAUCUGUAUCCCAUCAUUCUACCAAUGCCAAAAUCAGUUCUUUCCUCGAUUUCUGAUACCGUCACUCUUCUUCUAAAUACCCCAAUUGUUCCUCCGCUCUCCAAACGAACAAAGGAUGUCGCGCUCACCGAGUUACCUCGUUCGACUCCUCGACGACAUGCGGAAGCACUGGAGCUGGAGAGAUCUCGUAGCGUAGAUUUGGCGGCUGGAGAUCUGUGUCUACAGAGGAUAUCAGACGAAAGCAGACGUACAAGUACCCAGAGUCACGGAAGUAGUGAUCGGUCUGUAAGAGACGACCUGCCUACUGGGAUGGUGGAGCCAGUCACACAUCAGUUGUCCAGGCGGUCAUCGUAUAUACAGGAGGAGUUAGAGCCCGACCUACAUCUAGCACCGGAUGCUGAGCGCGCAACGAGCCGGGAAAAGAUGUAGUUCAGGUUUGCAUGUGGUAACUCCAAGUUGGUUGUAUGAUCCACAAGCUGGUGUGGCUGGAGCUAAUGGAACAGCAAG